UGUAGCACCGCGUCGCGACGACGAAACUACCCUCCUAUCAGUCUGAAAGCCGCCGCGUAAGCUCGUUGGUGGAAUGUGACAUAUGUGUUAGGUUUAGUGUGCUGUCAUUGCCGUCGCUGUCGUAAUCACCUCCACAUAUACAUAUACGUAUACGUGAUUACGCAAUACAUGAAUACAAAUACGCGUGAUCAUAUAUUCGGGCGGUGUGAAUUGCGCGAGUUGCAUCUGUUUUUAUACGAAAGGAUUUAGUUACGAGCGACAAAGCUGACUUACAUUUGCCUACUCUUGAUAAUGACGGCGGCUCGUUCAUAUUGAAGUGAUAAUUAAAUACUGAAAAACUUUCUACAUUCACAAAAGUGAAUUAAGAAGAUCGAAUACAGGAAUGAGUACUUGUGAAAGUUGAAGGGGAAAACCUACACAACGAAUAACAACAGCCUGCCUCCAUUGCGACCAGUCACAUACCUCAUAUUAAGAUGACAUAGAAUGGGUUGGGUGGCGCUAGGGCGGUGUGCGGGUGGCAGCCGCCUCUCGUCCAUCCUUUCGCUGUCUCUUACUUCCCUCGCGAGCUCCCUCAUCUUCACUUUCCUCUGUAUCCUCACGCUUGCUUUUACUCUCGUCACUCUUGCGCAUGCUGAAGACAUUUUCGAAGAGGGCAAAUCGGACAAGGAAAUUCUGGACAACUUGUUGCUGUCGACGCGUUAUGACAAGCGGCUUCUGCCUCCGGUCCAAGAGCUAUUGGGUGUUACAGAUGCUGAUUUCUGCUGCGGAAUGAGAUGGCCUGGUGACACUACCGGCUUGACAAACCAGUCGUCGAUCUUCUCUAACAACCUCGAGAACCAGAACAAGAACCAGAACAAUAACCACUAUUCGUCGCACCAAUACCUUCGCACUCACCUUCGCGGAACAUUGACUGUGAACGUGAGCGUAUUGUUGUUAAGCUUAGCUUCUCCAGACGAAUCCAGUCUGAAAUAUGAAGUGGAAUUUUUACUGCAGCAACAAUGGUACGAUCCACGAUUACGUUAUAGCAACAGAUCCAAAUACGAAUUUUUGAAUGCGAUUCAUCAUUACGAAGAUAUUUGGUUACCGGAUACAUAUUUCAUAAUGCAUGGAGAUUUCAAGGAUCCCAUUAUUCCCGUUCACUUUGCCCUGCGGAUAUAUCGCAAUGGCACUGUCAACUACCUUAUGCGGCGUCAUCUUAUUAUAUCCUGCCAAGGUAGCCUUAAUAUCUUCCCCUUUGAUGACCCAUUGUGUUCAUUCGCGAUUGAGAGCAUAUCUUACGAACAGACAGCGAUUACGUACGUAUGGAAAAAUGACGAGGGUACAUUACGAAAAAGUCCAAGUCUAACGUCACUGAACGCAUAUCUCAUUAAGAAUCAGACAAUCACAUGUCCGAUCAAAGUGAGCUGGAGAGCUGACGGACAAAUUAUGGUCGAUGAGGACGAGUUGGAUGAUUUUGGAAACUUUAAGUGCUCACUAUGUCAGCGCAGAUUUGAAGAGCAAGGUAAUUACAGCUGUUUAAAAGUGGAUCUGAUUUUUACGCGGGACCGUUCUUUCUACUUCACGACGGUUUUUAUCCCGGGCAUUAUUUUGGUAACCAGUUCUUUCAUCACAUUCUGGCUUGAAUGGAAUGCCGUGCCGGCGCGAGUGAUGAUUGGUGUAACAACAAUGCUCAACUUUUUCACUACGUCGAAUGGCUUCCGGGGAACGUUGCCCGUCGUUUCAAACCUGACUGCCAUGAAUGUAUGGGACGGCGUGUGCAUGUGCUUCAUCUACGCGAGUCUUCUCGAAUUUGUUUGCGUGAACUAUGUCGGUCGCAAGCGACCGAUGCACAACGUUGUCUAUCGUCCAGGCGAAAACCCCGUCACCCAGCGGCUCCCAGCAGUACUGAGCAGGAUAGGAAUUAUAUUGGCCAGCCCUUUGAAGCGAGAGGGCGGAGCUACUACUGGUGGUACUACUGGAGUGAACGAGAUUGUCACUUGCACCAAUUGUGGACCUAAUCCUUGCACGCAUACGGCAACGAAUGGUUGUACUGCCGAACUAAGGAAAAAAGAUCCGCCGCAUCCGAUUAGGGUGGCGAAAACAAUUGAUGUGAUAGCCAGGAUCACUUUUCCAAUCGCCUAUUUCAUGUUCCUCACUUUCUUCUUUAUUCACUAUAAAGGCACCUCGUAGAGCGUAAAGCGACGCACAACGAUCCUCGAAAUAUCUCUUAUCGUUGGUAUGAGCGACAACGAAGCCUCGUAAUAGGCAACAACAAUGCUCAGGACAUGAGGAUUGAAUCUACAGUGAAUUCAAGUUUUCUCUCAAGAACAAAAAUACCUCUAAAUGUGUAAAUAAAAAUAUCAUAACCGUAUCAAUUUGUAAUAAUCGGAUCUUUACUACAAACACACAAAUAACUAUAGCGUAACUUACCACAACUUAACACACAAAACCGGGAUUUUUAAUGAAAAGUUAUUAAUUU